GUGUGUGUGUGUGUGUGUGUCUUUAAAAGAUUCUCCACCUCCCGGCCCUCCUCCUUACAGUCUGUCACCUUGUUUCACUGCCCCAGGUUUCCUCAGUCUGCCAGAGGAGCUAGCAAAGCCAACUGCCUUUGUCAUUUGGGAAGUAGGCUUGUUGCCAUGGAAUCCACGUUCUGAGAAAGGUUGGGGAGCAUAAAGGGACACCUUGUGGAAGGAACAUCUGUUGGGCUCCGUCCCUUCCUACAAAUGUCUAAUCCUGGAGGUUAUACCAUGGGCAAUGGGACUCUCCGCAACCACCAGAAGCAGAGCUGCACCUCUCAAGAUGAAAAGCACACGAGUAACGGAGCAGUGAAGGAAGAAGCACAGCAAAAUGGAAACUCACAUCUUUAUGCAAAGACUAUUGAAACCUUCGAGGAACCACCUCUUUAUGCUUUGGUUACCACAUACAUGGGAUAUGGAAUUGCAACGCUGUUUGGCCAUUUAAGAGAUUUUUUGAGAAAGUCAGGAAUAGAAAAAUGCAAUGCAGCUGUAGAGCGAAAAGAACAAAAGCAUUUUGUGCCACUGUAUCAAGACUUCGAGAAUUUUUAUACACGGAACCUUUACAUGCGAAUCAGAGACACCUGGAGCCGGUCCCUCUGCAGCGCCCCGGGGCCUUUUUUUGACAUAAUGGAAAGAGUGUCAGAUGACUAUAACUGGACGUUCAGGUUUACUGGAAAAAUCAUCAAAGAUGUCAUCAAUAUAGGCUCCUAUAACUUCCUUGGACUUACAAACAAGUAUGAUGAGUCCAUGAGGACAGUGAAACAUGUUCUGGAGACAUACGGGGUGGGCAUAGCCAGCACCAGGCAAGAAAUGGGUACCCUGGACAAGCAUAAGGAGCUGGAGGAUCUCUUGGCCAAGUUCCUGAAUGUAGAAGCAGCAAUGAUCUUCGGGAUGGGAUUCGCAACAAACUCGACAAAUAUCCCUGUACUAGUUGGAAAGGGCUGCCUCAUUGUAAGUGAUGAACUGAACCACGCCUCUAUUAUCCUAGGGGCCCGACUCUCAGGUGCAACCAUAAGGACCUUCAAACACAACAACAUGCAAUGCCUAGAGAAGCUCCUGAGAGAUGCUGUCAUCUAUGGCCAGCCUCGAACCGGAAGGGCUUGGAGAAAGAUUCUCAUCCUGGUGGAAGGUGUCUACAGCAUGGAAGGUUCCAUUGUGAAUCUGCCCGAAGUUGUAGCCCUCAAGAAGAAAUACAAGGCCUACCUCUACGUGGAUGAGGCGCAUAGUAUCGGGUGCGUGGGCCCCACUGGCCGGGGUGUCAGAGACCACUUUGGACUCGAUCCUGAGGACAUUGAUGUGUACAUGGGCACAUUCACCAAAAGCUUUGGAGCCUCGGGAGGUUACAUAGCUGGAAAAAAGGACCUUGUGGAUUAUUUACGGAUUAACUCACAUAGUGCUGUUUACGCUGCAUCCAUGAGCCCCACUGUAGUAGAGCAAAUCAUCAGGUCACUGAAAUUGCUCAUGGGACUGGAUGGGACCACAGAAGGAUUGCAGAGAAUACAGCAGCUUUCAAAAAACAUAAAAUACUUCCGAGACAGACUGAAGAAAAUGGGAUUCAUUAUCUAUGGCAACGAUCACUCUCCCAUUGUACCCAUCCUCCUUUACCACCCUUGUAAAGUAGCGGCUUUUGCAAGGCAUAUGUUAGAGAAGAAAAUUGGAGUGGUGGUUGUUGGAUUUCCAGCCACUCCACUUGCAGAAGGUCGAGCUCGGUUCUGUUUAUCAUCAUCACAUACUCAGCAGACGCUAGACACAGUUUUGGAAGCCAUUAGUGAAUUAGGUGAUCUCCUGGCUUUGAAAUAUUCCCGGCAAAGGAAGACAUAACACCCUGGACUCUAGGAUGAAAUUGGCUUUUAACGUGAUGAAUAAGUUUCCCCAUCCUGAAUGAAACAUGAAGACUUUGCCAGAGAGACCUCCUGCCUUGCCUCAGAAGGAAUAUAGAUGGAAUUCUCCCCCAUUCUAGGGACAACCUGGUUUCCAAACCAGCUUGAUUGAACAGAGAGAUAUGUUUUUUUAUGUUUUCAACUUGCAACUUUAGAAACAAAAUUACACUUCUAGAUUGUCUCUGCUCCCAAGUAUCUGCUACAAAUGCAUACACACCUCCCACACACAUACAUACACAUAUUUCUUAAAAUGUUUUUGAUGGCGAUGAGCCUGUUUUAGCUGCUACUGUGCAACCUCGCUGAUCCAGACGUCUACAGGGGUUCUAGCCAAAGGUGAGGAUUUUGAUUGUUACAGGAAUCACACUGUGUUUACUCAUUACAUACCAAUAGUGGACAUGGGUGAGGGUGUUGGAAGGAAGCUGACUUCCUUGUCACACCUUUAGAAGUACCAGCUACAGUUCCUCUGCAUCACAGGAAGUUCCAGGCAGGAGGGUAAAGAAAUGUUUCUUCUACCAUUUGCCAUGUUUGGACUUUUUCCAAGGAUAAGUGUCAAAAGACACAGUAAAUGUUUCUAGGGAAAAAGAAGAACAGGCCAGCAGUGAGUAGAGAAGAAAACUUUUCUUUUCCUCUUGCUUUUAUCCGGCAGUUUUACAGCUGAGCCUUUGAGAUUUGGAAAAUCCAAGCUCUUGUUUCAUAAAGAAGGAGGCAGAGAGAAAGCACGGGCCAAUUUCAGGCCUCUACUAAAACUGUAAAAUUAUAACUCAAACGUUACUGAUGCCAUGCAGGGUGAGUGCUUGGUAGGCACAGCUUUCAUGACUUUAAGGAAUGAGUUGCCAUUUGCCAACUGAAUUUUAAGUAAAUGAUGAAGUUCAGUUGCCUUUAGAACCCACUCCCAAGGGUACACUUGAAGAAUGUAUUGAUUCAAGAAGGACAUUUAUAAACAAUUCUCUCUGUCUCUUUCAAGGCUGCUGAGCCUAUUCAGUCACAUUAAAUAAUACUGUCACUUUGGGAUAUAUUUUCAAAUUUGGACAAAACAUACUUUUGGGUAACUUUAAUUUAUAUGCACAGCUCUCUUUUCUCUCUCUCUCUCUCUCUCUCUCUCUCUCUCUCUCUCUCUCUCUCUCUGUCACAUACACACACACCACCACCACCACCACCACCAUGAACACAAACCUCUGAAAAAUUAGGCCUUUGCUAAUUAGAUCUAGUUGGUAUGGAAAAAGCCAGUGGAAACCCUUAUCUUUAACAAGCUCCCAGCUGGUGCCCAGAUUUGGAAACUCUAAAGAGCAGUGGUGACCUUUUAGCCAAGCUUCUGUAACAGUUCGAAUGAGUUACAGAACAUUCCACUCCAUCAAAUGACACUGUAAACAAAUCACUUCAAGAGAGGUUUGGCUUUGUGUGACACAGAUGGGCCCGAGCUUUCAUGCUGUGCACUGAGAUAGAAACUCAACCCGCACGCCAGUGUCCACAGAACAACACGCCCUAGUGCUCAGGGCUUGCCCAAGGACAGAGGUGAUCAGCUCAGAAAGCUUUUCAUAAAUCACAACCCUUUGUGGGUACAGUCAGUCUAUAGGUGAAUCUCAGUGAUAAAAUUCCCCAGGAGCAAUUAAAAAUUAAAGCAAUACAGUUAGCACAGGAGGGAAAAUAAUGAGUUCUUAGGCUAUCAACUCUCAACGUAUGCAGCCUUCCUGAGGCAAAGAAAGCAAAUGCCAUAUAAAUGCGCCGAGAAAGGAAGGCGUGUAAGUGUUUUCUCUUUAACACAUGCACUUAUAUGAAAUGGUUACUGGCUGAUUGUUAAAAAUGCAUUGCUCUGUAGUGAAAACAGAAGGUAAAGGGAGCAGCAGCGAGACAUAGGAGCCUUCCUCACAACAGAGCAAGCAACAAACACCUCCUAUUUUUUCUGAAUUUGAUUGUGAUCACACACAUGCACACACGCGUGCACACACACACACACACACACACACACACCUCUACCCUUUGGAUUUUAAGCAACUAGAUAGGCAAGUAAGUGUCUUCCCGAGUAGGAAUUUCUACCCUUCCACUUUCAUGCAGGAACUUGAUUGAAUCUAAUUCAUCAUGGGAAACAAAUCACUUAUCCACCUGCCUUGUGAGGCAAGGAGGAGGUUAGAUCCACAAUCCUUUGGGAAAUGUUUUCAUUCCUGCACACCAGAGAUCUAUUUCUGAGAGUGUCUGCAUUGAUGAUACCCAGUGUGUGUGAGCAGCUAUAAUCCAAGUGGAAUUUCUCCCAGGUACAUUAAAAGAGACCCUGCUUCAGAAGAGUAUAUGUCAUAUAGAAUGAGCUUGGGUGAUAGGGUAAUUGUGAUGAGAAUGUUUUAUUUUUACAAUUAAAAGUCCUGCACUUCUGGGUUUCUAGGACUAUGAUUUCAACUCAGUAGGGAAACAGCCUUAAUAUCAUAGCCUAGUCUUUUGGUAAAGAGUUUUUAUACCAGAGGUAUAGAUAUAUUAUAUAUCCCUAACCUGCGUAUUCUCUCUCUCUCUCUCUCUCUCUCUCUCUCUCUCUCUCUCUCUCUCUCACACACACACACACACACACACACACACAUUUUCUUUACAGAAGCAUAUAGAGAUUACAAAUAAUCUGAUUGGAUGAGAGAAUGUUGUAAGAUAUUCUAGAAAGCAGGGGAAAAGAUAAAGGUUCUAAUUGGCAUUUGUAAGGAUGAUACAUCUUGAAUAAGAAGAAAAUGGCAUAAAUGACUUAUUCCUAGUCAUCAUUUGGAAUGAAAGUGUCAUGGAUGUUUAGCUGUAUUGCUUUUCAGUAUGUUUGGAUUUGACUGAGACUACACACUUCAGAAUUUACUAGAAACCUUGUUAACAUACAGAUCUCUGGGCUCCAUUCAAUCAAACCACAGCGGUGGUGAGCAAACUACAGUUUAACAAGAUUUCCCAGGUGAUUCUGCUACAUUCCAGAAUUUGAGAAUCAUUACUGGAGGCCUUGGUAGAUCCACUGACUCUUGAUUUUCUGCUGACAUUUUAGGGUGCUAAUACUGGUAAAGUGAAGUGCAUUUAUUUCAUGGUCAUCCUUCCCUCUUCAGUGGGAUAGUUCCUUCCCAGUUUUUUCAACUUCUGUUUUUGCAAGAAUGGACUGACACGAUGUUGAAGAAUACUCUGCAAUACAUUUGACCAAAAUUCCUUCUGAAGUUCUCUUUUGUAUCAAUCUUUAUGAGAUGUCUCUUUUGCUUUGUAUCACUUUGUGCCUUUCAAUAUGAUGCCUUUCUUCCUUUCCUACUUUUAGAAAAAAAAAUUCAAUCUCUGAUUAUUUAUUUCAGUAAUAGCUCCUCUGUAAGGUGAUAUUCUUAACAAUUCUUCAGACAUGCAAUAUUGCCUUGUACUUUUCUUCAGAAAUAGCAAAUAUAUAAAUGACUUACUCUGGUUAAAAAAAAUCUAACUUCAGAUGAUGAAACCUAAAUUCAAAUAUACACUGUGAUUUAUAGCAAUAAUAAUUUUAAUAAAAACUGAUAACAUCA